CCRAAGCAUUGCUGGAGUGGGACUGAAGGCUCCUUAUGGUCUCUGAAGAGCCCCUACGUGAAUGUGAGCCCUGUGAGAGGGAGCCCAAGCUUCUCUAGGUCCCACCUGGAGGACACAACUUGCUGGCCAGGAUGCAUCGGCUGAUGAAGGAAGAAUCGAGUUACAGAACAAGCAGCCUAGAAAAUGCAUCUCGGGACUCGAACAAAGAACAGCUGCACAUGAAGCUCUGCAGUGGGUCCUGCCAUGCUGAGCAAAUCCUGCAGACACUCAACUCCUACCGGCAAAGCGGCAUCUUUACAGAUGUGGUGCUGUUGAUUGAUGGGCAGGAAUUUCCCUGUCACCGUGCCACUUUGUCAGCCAACAGCACAUAUUUCCGGGCCAUGUUUGGAAGCAAUCUCAAGGAAGGCCACCAGGAGAUCAUCAACAUCCAGAAGAUUUCUGCUUCCACCAUGUCUCUCCUUCUUGACUACAUGUAUGGGGGGAAUAUCAUCAUUCAGGAGGACAAUGUUGAAGACAUCUUGGAACUGGCUGACUUGCUGCAGAUCUCCAAGCUCAGAGAUGCUUGUGUCACCUUCCUUGAAGGUCAGCUUCACCCAUGCAAUUGCCUGGGAAUCAUGAAGUUUGCCGAUUCAUUCUCCAUCGCUUCCCUGACAGAGAAGAGCAAGAGGUUCAUGYUGGAGUGCUUUGUGGAGGUGUCAUGUCAUGAAGAGUUCCUGGAGAUGGGGGUGAAGGAGCUGGUCGAAUAUCUUUCCAGUGAGCAGCUGGUGGUCCCCAAGGAGGAAGUGGUCUUUGAAGCRGUGAUGCGCUGGAUACGUCAUGAUAUACCUGCCAGGAAGGGAGCGUUGAAGGAACUCCUUGAGCAUGUGCGCCUGCCCCUGCUCGACCCCACGUACUUCCUGGAGAAGGUGGAAAUGGAUGGACUCAUCCAGGACUCAAAAGAGUGCAUUCCUCUGCUGCAUGAAGCACGCAAGUACUACAUCCUUGGGAAUGAGGUCAGCUCUUUGAGGUCAAGGCCCAGAAGGUUCAUGGAGAUGUCAGAAGUUAUCAUCAUUAUUGGGGGCUGCGAUAAGAAAGGUCUUCUGAAGCUGCCCUUCACAGAUCUCUAUCAUCCAAAGAGCAGGCAGUGGACAGCCCUCUCCAGCGUGCCCGGCUAUACCAAGUCAGAGUUUGCUGCCUGCACUCUGAAAAACGAUGUGUACAUAUCAGGGGGACACAUCAGCAGCAAUGACGUUUGGGUGCUGAGCUCCCAGCUGAAUGUCUGGAUCAAGGUUGCUUGUCUGCAGAAAGGUCGAUGGAGGCACAAAAUGGCAACGCUGCAGGGCAAGAUUUAUGCUGUGGGAGGGUUUGAUGGUUUCUACCGCCUCUCCAGUGUGGAGUGCUAUGACACCUUCUCCAACAGCUGGUCCACGUUGGCCCCGCUGCCGCAAGCUGUGAGCUCAGCGGCCGUGGUCUCCUGCCUCAACAAACUGUAUGUGCUGGGUGGUGCUGUGGAUGACAGCGCAAACACAGACAAGGUCCAGUGUUAUGAUCCAGAGGAGAACAAGUGGACACUCUUGUCCCCUACCCCUUUUUACCAGAGGUGUAUCAGUGCCGUAUGCUUGGAGAACAUCAUCUAUGUUGUAGGUGGACUCCUCAGUAAAAUCUUCAGCUACAAUCCAAAAACAGACAGCUGGCGAGAUGUGGCCACCCUCCCCGGACCACUGGAGAGCUGUGGUCUGACGGUGUGCGGAGGGAAGAUUUAUAUCCUGGGUGGUCGAGAUGAGAAUGGGGAAGGCACGGACAAAGCAUUCACAUUCGACCCUGCCACGGGGACCGUGGAGCAGCAGCCUCCACUGCAGCGCUGUACCAGUUAUCACGGCUGUGUGACCAUCCUGCAGCGCAUGAACAGAUGACCCACCUGCCUCCCAGCCAGAGCCUGCUCUUGAGACAGUGGCCAACCAGCCUGUGGAUGGACAUCCCACCUCCUCUCCCAUGGGAAAGGGCAAUCCUAGUURUUGGAGCAGAUGUGCUCCCACCAGGCCCUGGCCAACUUCUGAGGGUCUGAUGACACCAAUGCUUUUGAUGUUGAUCAAUGAUGUUGAUCUAAGUGGGAGGAAAGAAGGGUGCUGCUGGGCUGGGUGAAAGACGCGCUAUGGACCUUGCAACUGUAAGAAUCUAGUCUCUUUGCACCCCUGAAACUGCUGAAUCUGCUGAAUCUGAUCUUUAUUCCUUUUUGUUUGUUUUUCUGGCUACAGAUUAUAGUUUUCUCUUAUGGUAGAAACAAAGGCCUGCUGUCCUACAAGGACAUGUAUUCUGGUCUCUGACUUCUGAGGCUGCUGCAGUCACAGUUGGAGAAUCCAGUUCUUUAGCUAAAGCUGCCAGAUAUUUGUGCAUUUAACUCUACAGAGCUCUUUUUCAAGCCAUGGAGCUGACCUGGAUGGUGGCUGACAGCCGUGAAAUGUUAGUCCCAUUGACAGUGGAAGGCUGAGACUAAAUCCCUAAAUCCUUGGUUAAAUUAUGCAUGCUCUGACUCCAUUUUGCACAUGUUGUAUAAGGUUUCCUCCUAUCCCCCUAUAGCACAGAGUGCUUUCUUUUUUCAGGCAUGUUUUGUGUUUGGACUGUUGUUUCACGGUAUCUUUGUCAGUGAAAAGUGAAUUGUGUAGCCAAGAGUUCCUCCUUUGGAGAGCAGAGGUGAGGGAAUAUUAACAUGUAGAAGUUAGCUGUCACUUAGACAGCAACAAUGACAUGAAAAACUGGAGGAUGGAAGCUACAGAAUUGCAUCUGGCUCAGCUUAGCUCCAGAGUACACUGGUAAUUAUGAAAAUAAUAUUUAAUAGAAUGAAUACAGAGUCUUCGACAGCCCAUAUAAUCUACCAUAUUCUUAAGAUGGAAAUUGGCACAGCUUUUGGCAAUGUCAGCUCAGACUUUUCCAGGCAGGCAUGAUUUAGGAGCUGUCAUGGUCCAGAACGCUCAGCAUGUGCAACUGGGAGUAGCCCGUUUGGAAGGUGAGUUUGAUAGCACAGACUACGUUCAUCCAAGCCAGGUGGCCUCAGGGUCAAAAAAUGAACAUGAGCACAUCAAUAUGCUAGAACAGCCAUAGCUUUAGAUAUAGACUAACCUGUCUUUAGUCCAGGACUAGAAUCAGUAAUUUUGGACAGGUCCGUGUGAACAUCUGUGCUAAUCAUUUAGGAACUUAGUUCCUGCCAAAUGUAGAGUGGGGUCUCUUAAACUCCCCUUACUUGUACAUUGUGGGUAUACCCCUCUAACAGCAUGCUGCUGGCUGGCAGCUGGUCCCCCCGUACCUUCCUAUCCUCAAUUCAAAGAAGGGGUGACUUCUUAAGCUGAGGAAAUUACUACAGAUGUUGGCCCAGAUACUUCCCAUUUCAGGGACAUUAAAUUAUCUUAAACCUCAUGUUAUUUCCUCCUUCCUCACACAGAGCUGAUUUUUUACCUGAUUCUCUUUAGUUGACYAGUGCAUAUGUGUUCUGUGAGAUCUAAGAAAUUCACCUCUUUUUCAUGACGAUAUCAUGAUCAUCUGUGAAACAUGGCAUGAAGAAAUCACUGUUGACAGAAGCUGAAAUGGCUAGAACCUAGCAAGAUGCACUUCGCUAUGAGAAGAGAUCAUGUUUUUUCCACCAUUCACGAGAACAAAGUACUUUGUUGCGGGGACCAUGUCCUAUACUCCUCGUAGACAACUUUGAAAUGUUUUGGGGUUAUUAUGGUGGUGAUUUUGUAGUUAUACUAUUUGUAUUCUCAGCCUCAAAUUCUCUUUAAGAUUUUUGCACAAAGGUCAACUCUUCUUAUCGGAUCAUUAGUAGCACAAAGUGUCCUUUGAGCAAUAUAAAGAAGAGUCAGUGCUGAUAGUGGUUUCAUUCCAGUGACAAAUAAAACCUUGUGAAGAAAAUUCAGACAUUGUCACAAUACAGAACCGUUGUUCUUUUAUAUAACUUCUUUUUUUUUUCCAGAAUCUUUUCUGAUUUUCCUAAUGCCUCUUAUGAAUCUCUUGCUGUACCUCACACUUUAGACUUGUAGAAGAAACACUCUUGAAAAGGUAGAUUCAGUA